UUUCCCAAUGAAAAAAAAAUGCAGCAUUAUUUCCUCGUUUGCAAUUCCGGGCAAGUUUCCUUGUAGGCGGAGUGCCAGUCGCGGUAACCGCCAGAAGGUAUCUAAAAAGUACUUUCCUCUUUAUGUCUAGGCUACGUACAGUCUUUUUUAAAAUAGUAGAAUUGAAUUUAAAUACCCUUUGCCCUGUCAAUAAACAAACUAUUUGGCACUUGAAUCAGGUACUCGACAACGUAUAAGAAACCUGGGUCGCCCGCGGCGAGAAUAAUGAAACGCUUCACUGGCUUCCGUUCUAUUCCAGUAGAGGUCGAUGAGUCAAUGAAUGUGUUGGACCUGGUCUUAAAGUUGAAGCAGGAGGAACACUCAGCUUGGGGCCUGAACGAGCAUGGCGGGGUUUACAGUAGUCGGCCCGAUCCCGGGGCUACGACAGAAAACCAAUUCCGACUGAUGGAUUACCCGCAGCCUCCCUGUGACAGACACAGUUAUGAGAGGAGCGCUUACGGUGGGGCAGAUUGGUGGAUGAGCCCUAACGCAAACUGUUGUCCAGUCACCGCGGCACCCGGCUCACAGCAUCGGGAGUGGACUGUGGGAAGUUUGCCUCCUGACGCGUCACAGCUGUCCUGCGGCCCUCUAGAAGCCAGGCUCCGCCCAGUCAACAGCAAUCUCCGGCCCAUGCCUGGAAAAGCAGCGGGUCCUGAGGAUGACGUCAAAAGCUGUGCACCUGGGGAGACGGACGGCCAACCCAGGCAGGGCAGGUCAGAGAGCCUCCCCAGUAAGGACACGGGGUACGAGUCUCAGGAUGUGUUGGAAGCUCCGCUGCCACUGAGGUCUGACAUUGGCUGCAUGAUGGGGCCCCGGGACCCCUACGGCAACAGAUCAGGCUGCGGCCCCCCCAUGGCAGGUCCCAACAUUCGUCCCUUGAACUGUGGGUGCCUUCACCCUCAACACUGCCUUGAUCUUCCAAGAGGUGCCAUGGAUUCUAGAAUGUUUUUGCAUCAUCAGCCUUUUGGCCACAGCCCCCACCUGUGUAAUCGCCCUUUGCAACAGGCAGAAGUCAGACAGCAGGGAGGGCCUGAAAGCAGGAUUUCUGGAAGCUUCCUUGGCCCACAUGCGCCCAACGCAGAGUGCAGCGUUAAUGUGCCACGCUAUGACACCCCACCACAGGAGGUGAUGUCAGAGGUCAAUGUACUCCCAUCAUCGUCUCCUUCGAGGGGCUCCACUGCACAGGGCACCAGGAAGACCAUCAGCCUGCCGGAUGAGUGCCGCAAUGUUUUUGUCACCUACUCUGUGGAUACUGCGUCUGAAAUAGUUCCUUUUGUGGAAUUUAUGACCAAUCAAGGAUUUCGUCCUGCUAUUGACAUAUUUGAUAACCCAAUAAGACGUAUGGACAUCACAAAGUGGAUGGACAGCUAUUUAAAAGAUAAAUCAGUGCUGAUCAUCAUAGCCAUCAGUCCACAGUAUAAGCUGGACAUUGAGGGGCCUCGGCAGGAUGAACAUGGCCUGCACACCAAAUACAUCCACUCGAUGAUGCAAAAUGAGUUCAUCCAGCAAGGCAGCGUAAACUUCAGAUUCAUCCCCGUGCUCUUCCCAAAUGCAACCCAGAGACAUGUGCCUGGGUGGCUCCUCAACACAAGGAUCUACCGGUGGCCCAGGGACGUGGAGGACCUCCUGCUCAGACUACUCUGGGAGGAGAGGUACAUCCUGCCACCCCUGGGCAAGGAGCUAACCCUCAGCAUCUCCCCCAUGUGACCAAUGAAGGCCCUGGUAUCUGUCCUGACGGAGCACCUCCAAACCCUCUCUGCUCAUCCUGUUGCCAUUGUACCCCCCCCCCCCCCCCGCAACAAACGGCUCUGUGGUAUCAACACGCGUGUCCAGUUACCAUGGGUUAAACCUCAAAAAUAUGACGUUUUUAAAAAUGGGAAAGCAAAACCUUUGUCAGUUCUGUUUAAUGUGAAACAGAAUAUCGUGUGAAAGUAUCAAAAAAUAUGUUCGCUCAGGGACAUGUGGGACCCACUGCAUUUCUUUUCAGGCUCAAUGAACCAUCAGCAGCAGUUAAUUUCACCUAGCAUACAUGCUGGAAAUGGUUUUUAGCGGAUGAAGGUUUGGAACAUUCAAUUGUGCACAUUAAAGGCUAAUUGUUUGUGACAGAGCUGGACAGACCUCAGGAGACAGUAUUUGAUUAUACUGGUAUAAAGAAAAAGGUUCAAAAAUGGGGUUAAUUAAUCAUUUUAUAGCAGUUUUUUUCUGAGGGAAUUUAUCACACAAUGGCUUAACAUCUUUAUAGAAGAAAUUAAUUUUUUUAUUAUAUACAUGCUAUCACCCAAAAUUUACUACAGAAUGAAAUUUACCUUACUCUGAUACAAACCUGGUGUGUACUUCUGCCCUUCUCACCAGCUUGACUUUACACUGCCAAUGAUUCUCAGGUUGACGUCCUAUAUAGUGUAUUCACUGAAUAAUGGGUUAACUAUGUACAGGUAUGUGACUGAGGAGCAGAUUAAAUGUAUGCCAUAUUGUCAAUAAUGUACUGUCAUUAUAAACUGUGUGACUGUAUUUGUGCACACUUGCCUGCGUGUAUCGGUAUGUGCAUGUGUAUAACUACUCCUGUAGCCUGCCACUGAUCUACUUAAACUGAUACCAAGCCAGGGAAAAUAAAGUUAUUACUGUGCAUCGA